AAAACAUUUAUUUAACAAAUCGUAGAGAAGCAACACAGCAAGGUUGUGAGCGUUGGUGCCUGCCAGGAGACUCUUUGUCACGCCGAUCAUUCAGCUGGGACUCUCAUGGAGUGAUGAUGCGUGCAGUGCAGUAUAUAUAGCUAGCAACGCAGGCAAAUGUUACGUUCAAAGUUUCUUCCCAAUCAAUCAAUCAAUCAAUCGCCCACUCCAUUCAUCAAAUGGCGCUGCUGCUGCUGAUGAUGACGGCAGUGCUGCUGCUUCAGCAGCAGGCACUGGCCACCGGCGGCGGCGACCCUAGCUUCGAUGAACUCCGGUACAGGCGGCAUCGCGGGUUCCGGCACCGCAACGCGCCGCCGCAGACUCCCACUGCGCCGGCGCAGCCCGUGCACCCGCCUCCUCCACCACCGACGACGAGGCACUGCAACGACACGCUCGCCCCCGAAGAGUCUCUCACGGCGAGCGGCGAUGUCUGCGUGCCGGUGCCAGCGCCGUCUCCGCCGGUGCCGCCUCCCCGCCGAGGCCUGCGGUGCCCGCCGUGCACCUGCCCGAGGCCACCGCAGCCGCCACGCCCGUUCCCGGGCUGGCCGGUGCCACGGCCACUGCCGGUGCCGGUGCCGGUUCCGGUUCCGGGCAGCAAAGCCGGCGGCGAUGCCGGCUACGACUGCGUGACGCCUCUGGCGCCGCUGACGACGUGCGGGGAAUUCAUCACGGGUAACGACACCGAGACGCCUGCUCCCACCGGCGCGUGCUGCUCCGCGCUCGCGGCGUUCCUGCGCGCGUCCAGCGCCCCGGCGGCGGCCGGAGGAGGGGACCACAUGCUGCGCUGCCUGUGCCCGGUCAUCCUCGGCGACGUGAACAAGGUGUUGCCUAAACCCGUUGAUCCCGUCCGCAUGAUGUACCUCCCCAUCGCCUGCGGCGUCGUCCUCCCGCCGCAGGUGCUCUACGUCUGCUUCACUGGGCGUCCUUCCCCCACAAACUUCCCACAGAGCUCGGGGACGGGGAGUGACCCAUCCCCAUAGACCAAUCGAAGCAGAGGUUAGUGACAGCAAACCAUGUCAGGAUCUUGCAAGGUCAAGUAUCUAUUUAUAUAUAGGAGUACAAAAGUGACUCCCUAGCUGAAGUGAUCAUGGAUAGACAAAGACAAUAUGUUUGAGUUUAGUAUCAUUGAUGAAUCGAUUACAAAUUCUAAUUAUGGCCUUGUUGUAACUGAACAUCUGUUAAGUUUCUAGUAUCAUAUGCUAAUUCAGAUAUCCAUUUGCUUGAUU